AUGUUUAUCUUCAAGUCGCUGUCGUUACAAUGCGUGCCAUUUCUUCCCGCGAUCGUGCCACCUUUCUUGCACGUGUUGGACAAACGGGAACCGCGGUUGCGCCAUUCGCUGUUCCUACAACUGACGGCGCUCACGUCCAUCGUGCAGAAUCACUCAAGUCCGUCCUUUCCCUCGAUGGUGACGCUGAUCCUUCGCCACUGGCGCGCACACUUGAGCCCAAUUUUGCAGCUGAUUGAGAAACUGGCCCGCGCGGCGCCAUCUGAUUUCAAGCAAACGUAUUUCCCCAUGCUCCUGCCACGGUUGCUCGAAGUUCUCAACCCCCAACCGUCGUCACACAGCUCUGGCAUCCUUCCCCCUGGCACCUGUCCGAAUGAACCGACGCCGCUGAACACGACGGGCUCCAUUUCAGCCUCGUCGUCGACGUCAGGUGCUUCGGCUGUCAACAGAUUGCAUCAUGGCACCCCCGGCGUGUCCGACUUGGAAGCUCCAGACAACAGUGGGUACGUUCACUGA